AUGCCGCGCGCUGAGGCUGGUUCGACCAAGGCUAUCAGCAACAAGAUCAAGUCGAAAGGCCUUGGUCGGCUGAGGUGGUACUGUCAGACGUGCGAACGUCAGAUGAGAGACGAGAAUGGAUUCAAAUGUCACGUCCAGAGCGAAAGCCAUGUCCGUCAAAUGCUUCUUGUUGGCGAGGACCCGAAAAAAUUCAUCGAAGACUACAGCAAACAGUUCAUGUCCAAUUUCCUACAGAUGCUCAAGACCACUCAUGGAGAGAAGAAAGUCCAUAUCAAUCAGUUCUACCAGCAGGUGAUUGCCGACAAAACACAUAUUCACAUGAACGCCACCAAAUGGAAAAGUCUUACUCAGUUUGCCGCCUACCUGGGGCGUGAGGGGAUUUGUAGGGUGGAAGAGACCGAGAAAGGGCUAUUCGUAUCGUGGAUAGACAACUCCCCCGAGACGAUGCGAAAACGGGAGGCGGUCCUCAAAAGAGAACGCCAAGACAAGGGCGACGAAGAGCGAGAACAGCGUCUGAUCCAGGAGCAAGUGGAAAGGGCUCAGCGGAAUGUAACAAACCCGGAUGAAGAUAGCGAUCAAGAAGCAAAGAUACUCCAGCGCAAGGACGGCGAAAAGCUCAAACUGAAUCUUGCCUUUGGAGCAAAGCCGAAGGAAGACGCGAAAACCGAAUCUCCAAAGCCACCCAGCCCCAAGGAGAACAAGAGCGACAGCACCACUCCAGAGACGGACAGCGCUGCUGCUGCACAACCCGCGGCCGCGCCCUCUGCUGCGCCGGUCAAGCUCUCCAUGUCGUUCGGCGACAAGAAACCGAAGAAUGUGUUCGCUGCAGCUGCAAAAAAGAACCCUCUCAGUGGCAAGAAGGGCCCUGUUCUAGAAGCACCAAAGAAGAUGUCGGAGCAAGAGAGAAUCAUGAAAGCCGAGAUGGAAGCCAUGGAACGCAAGCGCAUGCGUGGAGAUUCUGGAAUGCCUGGUCCGAAACGUACAAAGAUCGUCUGA